AUGGCCAGCACGUCCAGCCCGAUAUCGGACUUUUUCCGCGGUCGUCACGUACUCAUCACCGGUGGCACAGGGUUCAUGGGCAAGGUGUUGGUGGAGAAAUUGCUGCACUCGUGUCCGAACAUCGCAUGUAUAUACCUAUUAAUCAGGCCCAAACAAGGCCACGACGUCAAAUCUAGGCUGGAUCAACUACUGAACGCUGCGAUAUUUGAUUGGGUGAGGAAAAAUCAACCCGAGUCUCUAAAAAAAUUAGUGCCGAUUAAUGGUGAUGUCACUAAAUUCGAACUUGGCAUCAGCCCUUUGGAUCAAAAAACGUUAAUUGAUAACGUAUCUAUUGUGUUCCACUCAGCAGCCACCGUUAAGUUCGACGAGGCACUUAAACUUUCCGUUGCCAUGAAUUUGUUAGGUACUAAACGAUUGGUUCAGCUGAGCAAACGUAUGACCAAGUUAGAGGCCUUUGUACACGUUUCCACUGCGUAUUGUAAUUGCAACCGACAAGAUGUUGAAGAACAUUUAUAUCCCAUUCCUGCAGACCCAGAACAAAUUAUUCAAUGUGUUGAUUGUCUUGAUGAAAAUCUUCUGGAAUCUAUAACACCAAAGAUUAUCAAAGGAUGGCCAAACACAUACACGUUCACGAAAGCAUUAGCGGAAAAAAUGUUGUUACUACUAGGCGAUGGAUUACCCAUAGUCAUCGUUAGACCUUCAAUAGUUACGGCAUCGUGGAGAGAACCGAUAUUAGGAUGGGUAGACAAUUUAAAUGGGCCGACGGGUCUGCUGGCUGGCGCCGGCAAAGGGGUUCUGAGGACACUGCUGUGUCACAAGGACUUGAUUGCUGACCUGGUCCCAGUAGAUAUAUGUAUCAACUUAUUAAUAUCGGCUGCCUGGUACACGGCCACCAAUAGGCCAAAGGGCAUAGAAAUCUAUCAUUGUACAUCAGGCACAACGAAUCCGAUCUACUGGAAGGACAUCGAACGGUUGGGCCACGAGUUCAUAUUGGAGAACCCAUUUAGCGACAUUUUGUGGUACCCUGGUGGCAGUUUCAAAAGCAACAGAGUCGUCAACUAUUUGUGUGUAGCUGCUUUUCAGAUGGCACCUGCCUACAUCAUUGACGCUCUCGCCAAAAUUACCGGUAGACAACCGAGGUUAGUUCGAAUCCACAAACGGCUACAGAAGGCGGUGUCAUGUCUAGAAUUCUUCACCACGCACGAAUGGAACUUCAAGAACACAAACGUGCAGAAGCUGUUCACCGAACUUGACCCCAAUGACCAGAAGACAUUUUACUUUGAUGUGUCGCAACUGGAGUGGCGGAGCUACAUCGAGUCAUACAUCUGGGGUACCAGGCAGUUUGUCCUCAAAGACCACCCAAGCACCGUGCCAAACGCCAAAUUGCGAUUGAGACGAAUGUACUACCUGCACCGGACUAGCCAAAUGGUGUUUGUCGUGCUGGCAAUCAGAUACAUAUUACUAGGCAACAAGUCCAUCCGACGGUUUUGGUAUUCGGCUUUGUGUUUCCUAAUAAGAUGUAUCAGUAACGCUACUUCUUCUCUGCGUUUGGUCUAA